UUACGCUGGUUGGAGUGAGUCCACAGGGGCCAACUUGUGGAAAUCGCCAACUGUAGACCUUCAUAUUCCGAGACUACGACCAAUGGUGAUAGGAUGGUGUUCAAAAAGGCGAGCAUCUCUCGCAGGGCAUGAAAUGUUUGAACAUUGUGGAGGUGUAAGUUACGCUGGUUGGAGUGAGUCCACAGGGGCCAACUUGUGGAAAUCGCCAACUGUAGACCUUCAUAUUCCGAGACUACGACCAAUGGUGAUAGGAUGGUGUUCAAAAAGGCGAGCAUCUCUCGCAGGGCAUGAAAUGUUUGAACAUUGUGGAGGUGUAAGUUACGCUGGUUGGAGUGAGUCCACAGGGGCCAACUUGUGGAAAUCGCCAACUGUAGACCUUCAUAUUCCGAGACUACGACCAAUGGAUGAAAUGCUUGAACAUUGCGGAGGUAUAAGUUACGCUGAUUGGACCAACUUCUGGAAAUCUCCAACUGUAGACUGUAGACUUUCAUAUUCUGAAAUUACGAUCAAUGAUGACGGAUGGUGUGAUGACACAUU